AUGAACACGUUCUGGGAGCGACUGCAGCUGCUUGUACACUUGGCGUAUCCUCUCUCAUCUCAACUAAUUGUGCGCUUCGUUCGAUCCCCAAUUAUCAUAAUUUCUAAUUCUAGUGAUUUCAAGGGGUUUGCAAUUCGGAUCGGGUGACGAGUGACAAGACGUGAAGGGAUCUUCACUGGAUUAGUCAUCGGGAUUGGGGAUAGGCUUGGUCCAACCUCACACUUCCGGGUCGUUCUCGGUCGACUUUCGCACAUACGGACACCAUGGAAGUGGCUGGGACGGAACAAAAAAGCAGGAGAAGCCCUUCCACAUCAAGAGGGAGAACUUGUGUCUUGAUGGCUACGGGAAAGGCCUUUUGGACGGAUCACCCGCACAUCUUUUCAAGCGUGCUGUGACUUCCCUUCUCAUAUCCCGGCAGUUCCAUCUGUACCUCUUGAUCCAAGCUCUCACUGCAGCUAUCGGGUAUGGACAGCGCGCACUCUGGAUAGGUUCGUCUAAAAUUUUUUCUCGUCGAUCACCCACCACCCCUUAUUUUAAUUUCUUUUAUCCUCCCAUGCGCCUGACAAGUGAUGUGUUUGAAUGGAGCUAAUCAUUUGUUGGAUACGUCUCGUGUAGGAAUUCUUUGGAUGUGUUACGUCAAUACCGGGGAGGGGAUUGAGGGUGAAAAAAGCGCUUAUUCAAGCUUCAACGAGAAUGCUAAGGCUUUAAGUGCCAUGUUUGAUCUCAAAUCCCCCGCUCUUCUGGGGAUUUCCCCCCGUGUCAACUAUAUCCCGAGCUCGCUGAUUCCGGGACCUGUUGUUGCGGCGUUCUAUGAUCGAUGGAGCCGCUAAUUUGGACCGAGAACUCCGGAGACAAACCUACUGAUCAGUAUGAUCUAGUGUACUAGUACUACACAAGGACUUUACGCCUCAGCAUUGUUCGGAUUUUAAACUGUCGUAUUUUGGCGUUGGCGUUAGGGUGGGGCAGCAGUUGGUGGCUUAGUGCUAUGGCCGCUGUAUGUAUCUCGAUUUCCGGUUCGCUGCCCCACUGAAUAUUAUUGCAAGCUCCUGAUUUGAUAGGCAUUCGCUUAACUUCCUUAGGAGUAAAUAUAAGAGCUAACUAGUGCUUCUGACAGCACUCUAUCUGUGGAUAGUCUUAUUUUCUCUUCUCCUUGGCCCUUGGCCCCCUGUACCAAUUAAGCAAUUCCGGGGGAGGGGGGGGAACCAACCUUUCUCUGGAUGAUGUGGCAUACCGGGAGAGUUUACUCAAGUCAUCUUUCCCUCUGUCAUUUUCUAGCGGCGUAAUAUUUUUUUUCAGCGCCCAAUUCGUUUGAUUGGUGGAAUUCUUCGUCAUGUGCGUUUCGAAAAUAUUUCGGCUCCACAAUAUUGGGCACGGUUCACUUCAAAAUAAGGCAUUGGUGAGAGCGGUAGAGUGAAGUUAUCCUGGGGUCGUGCUUCCAGCGUUUGGAAGUACCAUUUUUUUCUCGCACUUUUGCAUUCUACCUGCCCUUUGAAGGGACACCUAACUUCUCGCCGCAGCAAGCCGGCAUCCGGACUACCGUAUGAGCACUUUACUAAGGUGUAGAAGUGCACGCUACCCGUUGGGGACCCGGUUCAAGGGUAUGCCUGCUGCG